AUGGAAGACAAUGUAGACGAUGUAAUUGGAUGUGAACCGGUUGUAUUGACGGAAUAUCAUACGAGCGAACUGUGGAAGUGCAUAGACGGGAUCCCUCACAUUUCGAAUUCUACUGAAGUUACGGUAUGUGCUAAGAGAGCAAAUAGGUUUACUUUCGUUUUGCAGAAGAAAUGCGAGCGUUUGGAGCAUAUUUUAUCGAUUUAUUCCAACAAAUAUUUACUGUUUCCGAUAGUCCCAAAGGUGACUUCCCGGUUGAUGAACAUGGUCCGUCUUUCCUCUCCUCCUCUGGAUUCUCAGAGCGAGUACUCUCUCAUAUUCUUUAACACCUUUUCGAAGUUUGUCGGGUUCAAACAGACCUCCAAAUAUCUGCCGAUUGAAAUUAAUCUCUUGAAGGAUGUAUUGGAAUGUGCUGAAUACUAUUCGAAAUGUGCGUUUUUUCUUCUACAUUUUUUAAUUACAGUUUUUUCUUUAGCCAGUACUUCAGAAAGCACUAUACAAUUCAACAACGAUAUCUACUCAGGGAUUCAGAUAUGGCUCUACAUUCUAAUCAAGAAUCCUUUCAAUCUGCGCAACAUUGCGAGGGGGACUGCCGAUGUUGAUGGCCUGGAUUCUGUCAGCUAUCGAAUUAAAACCUUGAUUGAAAACGAGUCCAAGGAUCUAACAGUGCGUUAUUUAUUUUCGAAUGCCAUUGAAAAGGGUCGAUAAAGCCACCGAAGAAAAGGGCCCAUGUAAAAAGUUUAGACCCCCCUCUAUAACUCGGUCGAAAGUGUACCCAAAUUUGGUUUGUAGGUUACUCACGACCUAGUAACAAAAAAAAACACAGUAGGACAAAACACGUGGUUGUGUUUAAAAAUCCAGCGUCAAUUUUCAAAAACCACCUUAAAAAAUCGGGGAAAAAGUUUUGACCCCCCCCCCUUAAAAAUAAUAAAGGCUUUUUCGUUUAAUCCUUUGUUGCAUUUGAGGAUUCAAUGCGUUAAAACAUUUUGAACUUGAGCCCUACGAAAUGGUAAGAAUUCCCUCUCCAAGAGUUCUAAAUUAUGUUUAUAUCAUGUGAUCUAGACGUGUAAUAACCUGCAUUAACCUUCCCUUUUUUCAAACAAGUCCAUGCUGGCCUGGCGUUGUGGAUUCGGCAAAUAUCCUGUUGUCAUGUCCAGCUUUGGCGACCCAUUAGCUCGUUGACCGAAGGGUCUAGAUAUGGUCGUUAGGUCUUCAAUGUAAUCCUGAUACGUAUGAGACGCCAAUUGCGAUAGAUGUGGGCGGCAUCUGCUGGCGAUAUUAUAUUUAACUUUUUUUAAGGGGGAUCAAAACUUUUUCCCCGAAUGUUUAAGGUGGUUUUUGAAAAGGGUCAAAACUUUGUACGCGGAAUGUAACAUAACUGCACCCCUUUACGUGUAUUUGCUACUGCUGAAACUCUCAUCUCUCACACUUCUAAGCAUAGAAUCCCAAACUAACGGGCCGUCCGGGCAGAUAAUUGUUAUUCUUUAAUACCAUCCACAUUUGGAACUGGGACGAUUGGGGAAAAAGACGAUUGGGGAAACCGAAAAGUAUUUUUUUUUUCGAUGCAAAUGUCGAAAUUAGGAUAACCGAGGGUGCUCAUUUCGAAAAUGACAUUCAUUUUUUUGAUUAUUAGUUUUUUUCGUAGUACAGGGUGGGCCACUCGAAACUGACAAGUUGUUUUUUUGAAUUUCUCCGCGGAGGCUCUGCCGAUUUUUCUAAAAUUUAGAUUUUUCUGGAGCUGAGACCCGCCAUUUUCAACCGACUGAAUUUCAAAAAAACAUAUUUUGAAUUAACCUUUCCAUGCCUUUUCAAAGUUUUGAAAAAUUAUUUUCGGGCCGAAACCGCUAAAACUUAUAAAAUUUUUGGAAUGAUUUUCAAUUGACUUUCUCGGACUUGGAAAAUUUUUGAUUUUUUUAGGGAAAUCGUGGGCCUUAAACUUGUUUAACAAGGAAAGUACUUCUAUGGGGUGUGGAGUUACAGGUCGAGUCAUAUAUCAAAAAAUUCGCAAAAUUUUUCUGAUUCUGAAUAUGUAAAAAUUAGCUGCCUAAUUUUUGUUUGUAAGGGUGAAAAAAUCCUCUGAACUUUUCUCGCAACACCAUGAAAAUGCGCCUUUUUUACAUUGCAACUACUAAUUAAGGUGUAGUAUAAAUUAAAUGCGAUAUUUUAAGGCUUGUAAAGAUACCAGAGUUUACUUUAACUCAAAAGCAAGCUUUUGAUUUGGUAAAAACUUUGUCAAAAAGGCAUUUGCGUGGUGUUUCGAGAAAAGUUCCGAGGGUUUUUUUACUCCUUACAAACCAAAAUUAGGCAGCUAAUUUUUACAUAUUCAGAAUCAGAGAAAUUUUGCGAAUUUUUUGAUAUAUGACUCGACCUGUAACUCCACACCCCAUAGAAGUACUUUCCUUGUAAAGCAAAUUGAAAGCCACCAGAGGGUUGUUUGUAUUACCAUUAGGGCACGAACGCUCAAAAAAAAAAAAAAAAAAAAAAAAAAUUCAAACAAAGAUUGAAAAAUUCGACGUCAAUCGUUAUCGAGUCAGGCUUGGGGCAUCUUGAAGCUCAGAUACGUAAUUAAAAUUACGUAUCCACGAUACGUAAUUUUAACUGCUCAUGACUCUCAAAGCCACUACAAGGUUGUGAUGCGAGAGGAGGUGGGCAUAAUAACUCAGAUAGAAACAUUAUAAUCAGAUUGUUAAAUAAAAUUGUUUUUGGAACAAUAUUUGAUAACUAUCUGAGGUAAAACAAAGAAAAUUUCACCCAAGAACUCGGAAAAAUGACCAAUUUUUCAAAAUCAUUCCAAAAAUUUUCCAAGUUUUAGCGGUUUCGGCCUGAAAAUAAUUUUUCAAAACUUUGAGAAGGCAUGGAAAGGUCAAUUCAAAAUAUAUUUUCUUGAAAGUAAGUCGGUUGAAAAUGGCGGGUCUCAGCUCCAGAAAAAUCUAAAUUUUGGAAAAAUCGGCGGAGUCUCCGCGGAGAAAUUCAAAGAAACAACUUGUCAGUUUCGAGUGGCCCACCCUGUACUGUAAAAUAGUAAUUUUUGAUUUUUUUCAUAAAUACUCGAUUUAGGGGUUUUCGAGGGUGCUGACUUCGAAAAUCAUGUUCAUUUUUGAAUUUUACCAGUAAGUAGUAAUUUUUUGAAAAUUUUCCAAAAAUACUGAAUUUAGGGGUUUUCCAAGAUGCUGGUACUACAUAGUAUCAGAUAGUACUAAUUAGUACUAGAGGAAAAGUUAACAUGAUUUUCGAGACCAGCACCUUCGAAAACCCCUAAAUCCGGUAUCUUUGGAAAAUUUUCAAAAAAUUACUACUUAACAGUACUACUUAAGAAAAAAAUAAUAACUAAAAAAAUGAACAUGAUUUUCGAAAUCACCACCUUUGAAAACCCCUAUAUCCAGUAUUUUUUAAAAAAUUUCAAAAAGUUACUUUUUAACACUACUACUUAAGGAAAACUAGUAAAGUUCAGAAAAAAUUAACAUGAUUUUCGAAAUGAACACCCUCGAUUAUCCUAAUUUCGACAUUUGCAUUGAAGAAAAAUAAUACUUUUCGGUUUCCCCAAUCGUCUUUUUCCCCAAUCGUCCUUUUCCCCAAUCGUCCAACUCCGUCCACAUUUUUGGGGCAGACUGGAAAAACAAUCCCGCUUUUUGGCAAGCACUGUUCCACCUUUGCAAUUAUCAUGGUUAAUAGCAUGAUCUACAGGUUGUCCCAGGAAAUGGAAGCUUUUUUAUAGCUAAAUUUUUUCUAACAAUAAAAACAAAGGUAACGGUCAUCAUCAGUCGUAGAGCAUUGUUUAUAACAUAUUCAACUCGUUUCACAGUGACUGUCUUUCGUGGCGAUUACUUUGUGGCGUGUAGUACAGGUGCUGGCUUCCAAUUGAAAAAAUAUAGUCCACCGGAUUCAGAUCCGGCAAACAGACGGCCAUUUCGCAGAUCGAACGAAAUAGAGAAAAUCGGUCCCAUUCCUGGUCUUGAGUCAAGUUCCGGCUUUGCUUAGUUUUAGAGCUCCAUAUUGAUCCAAAUUAAAUGCGCGGAGUAUGUAUAAGUAUAUUUUUCCGUGAGAUUGACAUGCAGUUACUGCUGUGUAUUUUUUACUAUUCUACAGCUUUUGGGCGUUCCUAAAAUUUCCUUCAGGGGUCUAAGCUUCGGGGGUCGGAUCAGGCAUUCGAGUCAAGUUGCAUCCAAUUCUCUUUGCCUUACGUCAAAGACGUUUCUUCACAAAUUAUAGCACUUUUUUAGAAGUUGGGUUGCAAUAUUUAUGCUCAAUUGUACACUCGGAAUGCAUCCAAUUCGAAAGCUUUAAGCCAUUUCACGGAUGGUCUUACUGAUGUCAAAAUGAAUUCAAAGACAGCCAUUUACAAUCUCCAGAUAUUGCACAAUAUUUUCAAACUGGUAUGUGUUACUUUUUUAUUUAUCGUCAUCAUUUUAUAGGGAAAACGCGAAGAGUUAAUGGGAUUUACUGAUCCGGUUUUAAACUACUGUUAUCUGUGUUACUCAAACUCCGAAAAAAAUGCAGUUGUCGUCGUACAUUGCAUUAAACUGUUCCAAAGAGCGUGCAUGAUUUAUUUGUCACCCAGAUUGGCUAAUUGGAGGUAUCAAAGACAGAAUAAGCGGAUUGAAUGCUGUCUUGAUACACAACAAGUGGAAGACUUCGGAAGAUCUUUAGGAGAAGGUGUGGAUCCAAUAGAACAAGAUCAUGGUUUUAAGGUCGAAGGAAUCUUGCAAAGCCUACAGAAGUGUUUGGAUUCUGAUUCAAACGACGUUCGGUGGGCCUCGGCAAAGGGAAUGGCCCGGAUUUUGGCCAGAUUGCCGGAGAAUCACACUCAACGAGUUGUGGAUGAGUUGAUGACCAGGCUCAGAAAAGAUAAGUCGACUUGUUUUUGGAACGGCGCUUGUCUUCUGUUGGCCGAACUGACUACUCGUGGAUGUAUUUUACCCAAGACUAUCCCCCUUCUACUCGGCAUUGUAAGAGAGGCAAUGUUAUUUGACUUUGGCGGCUUUAUGAAUACUACUGAAACCAAUGUCAGGGACUCCGCUUGUUACAUUUGCUGGUCUAUAGCUAGAGCUUAUCCCAAGGAGAUAUUCCAAUCAUCGCUAGAACCCCUCUCCAAUCUAUUGAUUUGCACCGCUUUGUUCGAUCGAGAUGUCAAUAUCCGGAGAGCUGCUAGUGCCUCAUUUCAAGUAAGAUAUUGGCUUCCUUUAUCAAAUAAUUGUAUCAGGAGCAUGUGGGGAGACAUGUAGGAUUUUCUCAUGGUAUUCAAGUGCUCGUCGCAAUUGAUUUUGCAGCUAUAGCCAUGAUUAAAAGAUGUUUCUCUGACAUUUGUGUGAAUGUCGCCCGCUUUCAUGAAUAUUUGAAGCCCAUGCUCGACUUUCUUUGCCAUCAUAAGACAAUUAACUGGGAUGGUAAAGUGAGAGAGAUGACUGGAUAUGCAUUGCAGAGGCUGUCUCCUCUUGAUAUCCAAUACUCCAAAGAAACUGUAAGGAAUCAGAGGUCCUGUAUUAUAUAGUUUUAGCUGUUCCCAUAUCUGAUCGAGGCACUAACUGCGACACAUGAUAUAAUCCACAAACACGGGCUUCUUUUCGCAUGCUCCGCGAUUAUUUCAGUAGUCUCCGAUGAGUUGAAUACAGAUGAUGAGAGUGUAAUCAAAAUUGUCACGUUUGUGUCCGACAGCCUUGAUACAAUGCGGAGUCGAAAACUGGAACACGUUCCUUUACUGAUCAGAGGGAUUUGUAGAGUCAUGAAAUCUCUCCUCAACACGGGCCUAGUAACUUGCAAAGUGACGGUCAGAUUUCUUUUUGUAUUAUGACUUUGAGGUUAUGCUUAUUUUUUCUCGCGAAAGACCGCUCCUAGGAAUGGCGCAUCUUCACUCUUAUAUUCUAAAAACGCACGUCUUUUUUAAAUACGACUUAAACCUCUUGGAUAGCUGGAAAGGGCACAAAGAUGUAAGCAAAAAUUUUAUACAAGAUUUCUUGAAACACCCUGUACUUGAUUUCGCAUUUUUUUACUUAUCACUCGAAAAGUCCCCAUCCGAAAAACAAGUCCCGAAAAAGCGCCACCCGAAAAUGCGAGGACCGGGAAGUCUCCCACCCGAAAAGGCGCCACCCGAUGAGGAAGCCCGAAAUGUCAGUGUCCCGUUUUGACAUGCCAUCAACGUAGACCAAAAUUUUGGAUUGAAUCAAAACGAAGAACUUUAAUUACAGCCCCUUACCGUAAUCAAUUUUUUUUGUCAUAUUCCAGGUGAUGAAAUGGAUUUCGACGGUGGAGUGUGUUCUUGAAAAUGUAAGAAUAGCCGAAGUCAAGGGACUGCAAAUUGCAACAAAAGAUCUUCUUGUGGAUGUAUUGCAGUCUGUAUUCGACUUUUGGAAUCGUACAGGGGAUAAAGAGGCGAUUCGAAACCAUCUUUCUUCAAAUAUCGUACAGGUAGAGAUGUCGAGCCGAAUUUGAUAUACAAGGUGUUCCUAGAAUUAUGGAAAAAACUAUUCAUUAAUAACUUUGUGCUCGGUGGUCCAAUCCGAAUUUUUUUUUGCAUUUUACAGGAAAACCUUUGAUUUUUUAGAAUCAAAAAAAAAUUUUUCUUUGAUCGGCGGAUACUUCGGUAAUCCUCCUUGAAGUCGGCGGAGUGUUUUUUCACAAAUAAGGCUGUAAAUUGUUGUAUGUGUGAAGAAAAUGGGCGGGAAAGGAUUCAGAAGAUACAACAUGACAUUUAUUUCAAAUUUUUGUCAUUCGGCGCAGACAUUUUUUAACUUCGACGGACGAUUUUUCUUCGACUUUGGAGAGUCAAAAUUGGCUAAAACCAAAAACGUAUGGUAUUACUGGUCGCAUGGCGCCUAAAUACGACUUAUUACGUCUUCGGCCCACUGGUAGAAGAAAAAGAGGCAAUUCGGCGGAGAAAAAAAUGAACCCAUUUUUACAGCCUCGUUUGUGAAAAGCACUCCGCCGAAUUCAAGGCGGAUUACGGACGUCUCCGCCGAUAAAAGAAAAAAAAAUUUUCGGAUUGGACCACCGAGCACAAAGUUAUUAACGAAUAGUUUUUUCCAUAAUUCUUGAAACACCCUGUAUAUAACAUUUUCUGCAGCUGAAGUCCACCGAUAAUGAAGAUCGACUGGUGGCCAAUGCCAUGGCUGUCGAAAACCUUCCUGCGGCGGUGGUCAUAGACUACACGGAAGAAAUCUUGACGAUUCGAAAUAUUUUGAACGAGCAAAUCAUACGGUAGGUUUAAGGUUGAAUGAAUAAAAUUUUCUGUUGGCCCUUUCCGAAAAUUUACGCACCUCUAGGCGCUAGACUCCGGACAGGGUUAAGAAUGACGGUUCUGACGGAAAAUGCGUCUAAAAUUUUUUAAGCAGCCUUCUAGAACAGAUUUUUUGAUGAAAUAACUGAUUUUCUAGACCUCGAGAAAACGUUUGGGUGUUUGCGAGAAUAGCGUCAUUAAGAGCGCUUGUUUCACUCUACAUUAUUCGUGGACGGAGAGACGAUUUUAAAAUUCUUUUGAACAGGUAACUAAUUGUAAGAUCACAACAUUUUUACUAUUUUUUGCUUUAGUUUAUUAUCUUGUUACAAAGAUCAGACAGCUUCCAAGAAUGGGGACAUUGGCCGAUUUGUUCGGCAAGCAGCCCUUGAGAAUACAGUAACCGUCCUUGAAAAUGCAAUGAGAGGUGGAGUCUUAGAACGAGAAGAUAUCAAUGUGGUAUUGGCACAUGUCUACGGCCUUUUGUUCGACUCAGUUGACAAUAACACCCGGGUAAUGAAGCCAUGCAUCAUAACAUGUUGUUGUAGGUGGCCCAUGAAACAAUUCGAUCUCUUCUUCAAACCGACAUUCCCAUUAAUGACAAAGAACGAAUGGUCUGCGUUUUCCAGAAGGAGACCCUGGAUCCACAAAUGUUUGCUGAUGUAAUCUAUGAUUGCUGCAAUAAACAAUAUGUGUUACGAAGAGCUGUGAUUGCAUUGGGUAAGAUGACUUUAUCAUUACAAUUGCUGUUCAGGAAGUCUCGUCGUUUCGGUCGCGAAGUCAGCAUGGGAAUUUUUGUUUGUUUACUUGAAUCGGGAUAAUAGAAAAAUGGAUCAGAAGGUGAGGUUCAUUCUAGAAUUUUAAGUAAAUUACAGUUCAUGGAUGGAUUUGUCGAAAUUUUAUCGGAUUUUUUUGGGUCAUCGGAGUCUUUGGAUGAUCAGAUCAGAUACUGCAGAGCAUUCGGAGUAAUGGUGGAACGUCGGAUUUUCGAAAUCUACGAGUCGGAUCCUUCGAUCUCUCUUCCAUUUACUCAUGUUUGUGAAGAGUUUCUUAAGGUACCUAUCUAUAUAUUUUAUACUAAAACAAUUUCUGUUGAUUAUGAGAUUGGAAACUUACAGAUUGGUAAAGGGAAGUGCAGCACCAAAUUGAAACACGUUGUUUUGAAAACGGUCGGCUCUUUGAUGUUGUUGAAUUACAAUUCUGACGUUAAUUCUAAAGCCAGAAGGAUGCUUUGCUCAUGCCUGGUCUGCCCUUACUCUGCUCUUCGAUCUCUUGCUUCAGAACUUCUACAACAUUAUUUAAGUAUGGCUGAUGAAAACAUUUACGAAACUGAGAACGUUCAGAAGGCCUUGUCCAUGCUCAAUGCCCUCAAUUGGACGAGGCCCAAGGAAGAAAUUGA